ACCUGAUCUAGUCAUUGGCGAAUUAGCAAUUCUUCCUCUUGAAAUUGUGAGUGAGACUAAAGAGAGGAGUUUAUUGGCAAGUUGGUGUCCUCAAGAACAAGUUCUCAAUCACCGAUCCGUCAGGGGAUUCUUAACACACUGCGAAUGGAAUUCCACCAUUGAAAGUAUUUGCGGUGAGCAACAGACUAACUGUUGGUUUUGUUGCAAUCAUUUGGGGAUUGGGAUUGAGAUCGGAGGUCAUGCUAAAAGAGAGGAAGUUGAGGGUCUUGUGAGAGAAUUGAUUGUGGGAGAGAAGGGGAAAGUGAUGAAGAAGAAGGCAAUGGAGUGGAAGAAGAAAGCAGAAGAGGCCACUACUUGUUCAUCUGGUUCAUCUUGCAUGAAUUUUGAGAAAAUGGUCAAGCUUUUGCUUAUGACCAGUGGUUCAAAUUUGCAGUGUCGAUUGAUAGAUUUUAUUGAAGAAUUUAAUCUUCCUAUAAAAAGAAUUUAA